GCAAAAUCUCCCGCAUUAAACAAACGAUUCCGCAACAAAUCUGACGACAAACCCAUCAGGGUCUUCGUCAAUAACAUAUGAACAAGUUAAAGACUUGAUUCCUUCCGUGGCGGAAGAAAGCAGUUUUCGCGAAAACCCAACUUCUCAUCCGGAAUUUCACGACUUGGGUUGUCUUCGAAUUUUGUCGUCCUUCGCCAUAUCUUCGUGUGGCGUCGAUCGAUCGAGGGUCGAUCAGGAAACAGAAGAAAGUAUUGCGCUGUCUUUUCAUUUGGGGUCCUCUUGUUUUUUCCUUUUCCUUUUGCGCCCCCACAGAGGAGGAGGAUUAGGUUAGACCCAUCGCUUCGGAUUCUGGAAAUCACAAGUGAGAGGCAGAGGGCUAAGGAAUUCUGUGCUCAGUUGAGUAUUACUCAUAUGGGUUUCUCAAAGUCACGAGCUAGGUGGAAGGAUUUCAGGAAGGUGGAAGAGGAGAGGGAUUAACUAUUUGCGAGCCAUGGAGAAUUCACAUGAGACAUCAAAUCAUGGACCGACUGAUAAUGGUCACAUGACCCCUCUGAGGCACAAUCUGUAUCAACCCAGUAUAAAUCCAGCAUUAUCUUGGUUAGAUAUAAAAGUCUUUUAUGUCCGUAUUAGCAAAUGUGAGGUUGAUGAUUUGACACCUGAAAACCUCACUCUGAACCAUAUCCCUCUGAACCGUGACACUCUAUUAGAAGUAAAUGGUGUCAGAACUGGGAUUUAUUCUGAUGGAGUUUCAACCAUUCUUAGAAGGGAUCGGUUGGAUAAAAAGUCUGAAGAAGUUAUAUUUGUGAGUACUGAUAGCAUAAGGAUGACAAACAGUGUGAAGUUUGAGCUUUUUGACAGGGAUGCUCUGGUGUUAUCUGGGGUCCUAGAAUUGUGUAGCACAAAUGGGUUUAUACAAGAACCGAGAAACUUUGUCCAUGGAUGGAGCUUGACUUGUGAGACAGAUAUAACAGUGGGCAGUGGCUUCUUCCGAGGAAGACAGCUCAUGGGUCCAGACUCAGGUUCACCCACAAUUGAAGUUUAUGUAGCAGGGUCGUUCUCAGGCACACCCAUCAUAUUGACUAAGACUUUGCAGAUUAGUUCCCGCAAGAAGCACUCCAGGAAUGGGAUGCUAGAUGCGAUUCCAGAGUAUGAGUCAACCGAGUCUCAGAAAGAUGUUGCUUCUGUGCUUCCUUUGCAGAUGGAGGAGUACCCAUACUCGGACCACAAACCGGAAUGCGAGGAAUAUGACCACCACCUGUACUCAGGUUCAGAAUACUUAGAGGGAGAAGAUGGAGAGCUCUCAUGGUUCAAUGCAGGUGUGAGGGUGGGCGUUGGGAUUGGUCUUAGCGUUUGUCUUGGGGUCGGAUUAGGAGUUGGAUUGCUCAUUCGAACUUAUCAAGGAACGGCCCGCACCUUCAGGAGGAGGCUACUCUGAAUUCACCUCGGUGCCAUACAAGAUGCCAUGCAGGAUGAUCUCCAGUGAUUUUGUUCGCUCCUCGCAAUGUCAAGCAUCCACUCUGCCUGCAAUUUCAGAUAUUCCAGCUCGACUUGCGGUUCCUGGCUUUACUCGGUUUGCAACAUGUUUCCUGGAGAAAAGAUGAGUUGCGCCGUCCAACACGGGCAACACGCAGUAUCCAUCACAUAAUUUUGUAGAAAUGAGUUGCCUCGUGUUUUAGAGAUCCUCUCAAUGUAUCGAUCGUCAAAUUGGCACUGUGAAGAUUUUAGCGUUGCUCUAUCGUACACGAUUACCUACAAUAAUCAUUCUGGAAUAAUUUGUCUCAA